CAGGAUGUCACGUGUGCUACUUAUAUCAGUACACCCCUAACAACCUAAUAAUUACGAAACAAAUGUUAGAUUAAAUAAGCCUCACGUAGCAAUUCCAUUUUUUUGUAGACCAAAUUCGACACUCUCUUUGACCUCUAUACUAAAACUCCUCGCUGAGUGAGCGGAAAAAACGAAACAUCGCCACCUGCUGGAGAAGAUAGAUUUCGUGCCCAGUUAUCCCUCUCGCAUCGCCUCUUCCUCAUAUUGCCGUUCUUCAUGUACAGCUGGCAUUAAUUUCCCUCGUCGUGGUUCAAACUAACCUGCUGCAUCGACUUCAACAUCAUCAUGCAUCGACUUCAACACUUGGCAAAUAGAUCAUUGAUUGCUGGUGUUUUUGACCAGUCUCCAGCCCUUGUGCGGACAAAGGCUCGGGAGACCGCAUGUUUAGUGCAGUCCAUACGACUCAAAACACAAGGACCGGUUGAACAGUAUGGACUGAAGCGAUUCAGUACAGCUGAGGCAACCGUGAUUUUAAGAGAGAACGGCAAGAUGCGAGAAAAGACUCUGACCAUGGACACCCUCAAUCCGCAGGUGAAAGCGGUGGAGUACGCUGUGAGAGGACCCAUUGUCACGAAGGCUGGGGACAUCGAGAGAGGUUUGCAGCAGGGUCAGAAACAUCCCUUCACUGAGGUCAUCAAAGCCAACAUUGGAGAUUCACAUGCCAUGGGGCAGAAGCCAAUCACGUUUCUCCGUCAGGUGGUGGCUCUCUGCUCAUUCCCAGAGCUGUUGAACAGCUCUAGUUUCCCAGAGGAUGCCAAACAACGUGCCCGUCGCAUUCUACAGGGCUGCGGGGGACAGAGCCUGGGGUCGUACAGUGCCAGCCAGGGAGUGGACUGUAUUCGGCAGGACGUUGCUGUCUACAUAGAGCAACGGGAUAAGGGCGUGCCUGCCGACUGGGACAAUAUUUACCUAACCACCGGAGCCAGUGAUGGCAUCGUGAGCAUCUUGAAAAUGCUGGUGUCGGGCCAGGGCCGGUCCAGGAGUGGUGUGAUGAUCCCCAUCCCUCAGUACCCCCUGUACUCUGCAGCCAUCUCUGAGUUGGAGGCCGUUCAGAUCAACUACUACCUGGACGAGGACAACUGCUGGGCCCUGGAUAUCAACGAGCUCCACAGAGCCUACCAGGCUGCCAAGGAGCACUGUCACCCCAGAGUCAUCUGCAUCAUUAAUCCAGGCAACCCUACCGGUCAAGUGCAGAGUAGGAAGUGCAUCGAGGACGUCCUCCACUUUGCAUACGAGGAGAAUCUGUUUGUUAUGUCCGAUGAGGUGUAUCAGGACAACGUGUACUCCCCAGACCUUCAGUUCCACUCCUUUAAGAAGGUGCUCUACGAGAUGGGCCCAGAGUACUUCAACACUGUCGAGCUGGCCUCAUUUCACUCCACCUCCAAAGGAUACUCAGGAGAGUGUGGGUUCAGAGGGGGAUAUAUGGAGGUUCUCAACCUCGACCUGGAGGUCAAGGCCCAGCUGGUGAAGCUGCUCUCUGUGAGGCUGUGUCCUCCUGUCUCUGGACAGGCUGCCAUGGAUGUCAUCGUCAACCCUCCUCUGCCACACGAACCCUCCUACCUCCAGUUCCACAAGGAGAAGAGCGCUGUGCUUGGAGCUCUGGCUGAGAAGGCCCAGGUGACCGAGCAGACCCUCAACACGGUGCCUGGGAUCAAAUGUAACCCUGUGCAGGGAGCCAUGUACGCCUUCCCACGCAUCUUCAUCCCCCCACGAGCUGUGGAGGAGGCCAAGUCCCUGGGAAUGUCUCCUGACAUGAUGUACUGUCUGAGACUGCUUGAGGAGACUGGCAUCUGCCUUGUUCCAGGCAGUGGCUUCGGCCAGAGGGAAGGGACCUAUCACUUCAGAAUGACCAUUCUGCCCACGACAGAGAAGCUGAAGGUGCUCCUGGAGAAGCUCCGGGAUUUCCACAUCAAGUUUCUGAAGGAGUACGCGUCACUGGAGGAACCAAAGAGAUGAGAGUCCAGAGGAUGACACUCGGGACUCACUAGAACAGUUCAGAUAGUUCCCGAUUGAGAACGUUUAACACGCGUAACAAAAACAGCGUUUACGGAGGUAUCGACUAACGCUAAUGUAAAGAAAGUAACCCCUUUUUUUAACUCUACUAGUGUAACCUAUGAUUGCUUGACGUUUUAUCUGAUUUUAGGAACAGUACUUGUGUUUUUAGAGACAUUGUGCCUUUGUCAGACGAGGUAAAAGUGUGGGGAGAAACGAUGCCGUCUGUACAGAGAUGUUAAAGGGGCAAUCUGCAGUUGCCACAAACAUUUUAGGACUUAUAAAUGAAAUUGUAAAUCGAUGUACCCAUUUGAUUCUUGAAGAAUACAACUUGGGCAUGCCUCAUAAGCUGUCGUACCCGAUCAGAACCCAAAAUAUAAGCUUUGUAAAUGUAAACAAACACUAUAUAGCCUUAACAUGGUUAAAACUGUAAUGUUGAUAUCAUGGAUGAUCAGUCCUUGCAUCCAUAGCUCUGGCUAUGAAUUUGGUUACAAUUGUCCAAUCCCAUCCCUCAGAUUUUUAUUGAAACUGGCAGUGAGGACGUUUUAUUGUAACUACAACUGAUUGCCCCUUUAACACUAAAGCAAUGUACUUUGUGAUGUACUCAAAGGUGCUCUAUUAUAGAGGACGCACUGGGAAAUGGGACACAAUGUUCUGAUGACAUUUUCUCUAGCACUCCAUUUACUUGUUUUUGUGCCCGAGAAGUUUACACUGUUUUGUAUUUUCUAUCCGUCUUGAGUCUUUUCUGUCUCCUUAAGAGGCAUUUUGUGUGAGAGCUCGACGCAAUGGGGCACUGUAAGUGCAAAUAUUAUCUUAGAACCAGCUGUACCUUUUUCAGUGUGCCAAAUGGAACAGGGGUUGUUUAUGUAGGUCAUGGAGUCCGGGACAAUGAGUGCUGCUACAUCAGCUCUUGUCCAAAACCCAUUUCUAACAUAACAUCCUAUCAGUACAAGUCAUACAGCUUUGAGCCUGCAUAGCUUCCUGUUGGGCACAUGUUUACCCACACAGUGUCUCGCGUGACACUGAUCUGAGGUGUCUGUUGCACUUGGAUAGUUUUUUUUGGGGGGGGGGAUGGUGAAUGUCUGUACUCUCGGGUGCCUAGUUGGAAGGAAAUGCAGUUGUUUUGUGUGCUACUAAUUGAAGAGUUAAGGUCAAACCAAGGGAAAUGUAGGUUCUGGUAAUUCUGUAUAUCGGCCUUGUCCCCAUAUUAGGCUAUUGCAUAGAUUGUUUACGCUUUUUACUGAUGGUGGCUUUAUGGCUGUCAUUCACAUUUGUAUCACAACUGAGAAAGGGAGUACGGUUACAUCUCAGAUGGUGGGUUGAAUGCACUUUGUUUUUUUGUUUGUAAAAUGUUUGUGGGAAACCUUCUGCCCGUAUCUAUCUUUUUGCAAACUGCAGUAAAUGUCAUCGUGAAGUGAAACAC